CCUGAAGCUCACGUUGUUGCUGACAUCAGAGGCGCAGCUCCAGGGAAAAACUCAGCUCCUCUCUGUAGUGUGUGUGGAGACAAGCGAAGAGCAGGGUGAGAGAAAAAAACUUUCCUCUGGAACACAUCAGCCAUUGCAGUUUGUCUCUGUGUGUAAACACAGCUCUGGAUCAUGCACCUGGGAGCACAGGAGAUCUCUCUGCCUCAACACAGCUUGUAUUUGUAAUUCUUCAGCACUGAGCGCAGUUUCCGGAUAUCAGCCCACUGUUAUUUGGAGAAAGGUUUGCUCUGCAUCUGUUGGGAUUUUCCGCUCUUCCUGACGUUUAUCUGUGAUAACUUAUACUCGGACAAUUAAUCCAUCUUCACACAUCCCGCAGACGCAACUACAACAUGGAGACACAGUGAUAACAAGGAUGAAAUCUUCGCUCGCAGGGAGAAGUUGAGCUCUGUGCUCGAGUUCAACAGGGCCACUUCCUGAUGAUGACAGUAAACAUGGAUGACGGUCUCCAAAAUGGACCCGGACAGCACAGAAACUCACAAGAUGACGAGGAGGCGCUUAACUCCAUUAUGAAGGACCUGGCAGCCCUGGGCCGCUGCUACACCCAGCACAACAGCCACAAGCCCAAGAACAGAACCUUACUCUACAGACAGGAUUUAAGAGUCAAGCUGGAGCAUGAGAGAGAAAAACGAAUCAUCCCGUUUCAGAGGCCGCUGAAGAUCAAGGAGCUGCUGCAGAAAGUGACCGAGGCCUUUGGCCAGCAGAUGGACAUGUUCUUCAUGGAAAAAGAGUUGCUGCUGCCCCUGAAGACCCAGGAGGACCUGGAUCAGGCGGUGCUGACGUUGAGCUGCAGCUCGGGGGCCAAUGGGCUGCUCAGGAUAUUGCUAAAGACCCCUAAGAACAACCAUUACCUACAGGUGAACAGCAGGGACAAACAGAGCGAGAUGAAGUCAUCACGGUCACUGGGAGAUCUGAAGGGCUCCCUACUCAAGGGCUCGGAGAGAGUGCGCAAACACUCGACAGGUUCCUUGCACACAGGUCGGACGUCCCCGCCUCCUGGCAGUGUCCCUGAGGAGCAGCAGCAGAUUGCCCGCCAGGGCUCCUACACCAGCAUCCACAGUGAGGGCGAGUUCAUCCCUGAGACACAGGACCAGAAUAUGCUGGAUCCCUUCGGGAGCGCAGACAACUCACUGUCGAGCAGCUGUCAAUCAAUAGAUCAAGCACUGGACAGUCCUCCGUUCUCACAGAACAACCGUGACAAUAAUUACCUGAACCUCAACUACGAAUACAAAGGUCGCCACGGGAAAGGAGGGACUUUCCCUCGCCAGUUCCAGUUGCCCAAUCGCAGCAAGGAUUACGGAGACCGUCGCAGGACACUUCCGCGCAGCUUCAUGCCGCAGGAGAACCUGUUUCAGCUGGUUCCCUCCAGUCGCACGCGCAGUUACAACGGAGACAGCACGCUGCAGUACAGCGACCUGCGCUCACUGGGCCGCACCACCGACAAAAGCUGCCAGCGGGGUACAGCCAAGUCUCCGAGGGCGCCAGUCAACUGGCGACAGGGAAAGCUCCUGGGGCGUGGGGCGUUCGGGGAGGUCUACCUCUGCUAUGACGCCGACACAGGCCGCGAACUGGCCGCCAAGCAGGUGCCCUUUGACACCGACUGUCAAGAAACCAGCAAGGAGGUGAACGCUCUGGAGUGUGAGAUCCAGCUGCUGAAGAAUCUGCGUCAUGACCGGAUUGUUCAGUACUAUGGUUGUCUUCGGGACCCUGAGCAGAAGAAGCUCACCAUUUUCGUGGAGUUUAUGCCCGGGGGCUCAAUAAAGGACCAGCUGAAAGCCUAUGGGGCGCUGACAGAGAAGGUGACACGGAGAUACACCAGGCAGAUCCUCCAAGGAGUCUCCUACCUGCACAGCAACAUGAUUGUACACAGAGACAUCAAAGGUGCUAACAUCCUGAGGGACUCCUCGGGGAACGUGAAGCUGGGAGACUUUGGAGCCAGCAAACGUAUCCAGACCAUCUGCAUGUCUGGUACAGGAAUCAAGUCCGUCACUGGCACCCCCUACUGGAUGAGCCCCGAAGUCAUCAACGGGGAGGGCUAUGGCCGCAAAGCUGAUGUAUGGAGCGUCGCCUGCACUGUUGUGGAAAUGUUGACCCAGAAACCUCCGUGGGCCGAGUACGAGGCCAUGGCAGCCAUUUUUAAGAUCGCCACCCAGCCUACGAAGCCCAUGCUCCCCGAGGGCGUGACCGACGCGUGCAGGGACUUCCUGCGGCAGGUGUUCGUGGAGGAGAAGUGGCGGCCCACCGCAGACGUUCUGCUCAGCCACCCGUUCGUCCAGGGCGGCUUCUGAGGCCUGCUGACCCCCCUCCCCUCCCCUUUGCCUGGGAGGCCUCCGCGGUCCCGGCGCCUUCCCUCCUCUCCGGCCCGCCCCGUCCCCAGGGCCGCCCCCCCACCUCUCAGUCACCAGGCUCCAGGGCUCAGCAUCACACCAACUUCCUGCCCUGUCAUCUCUCACCAGUGUCUGCCUUGUCAGGAACCCUGCAUCUCUCACCAACUAGCUCAACCCCGGAUCGCUCGCUGAGAGGCCAGGUUGACUGCUGUCAGACCUCCAGAGUCCUCCGAGGCGUCGCGGUGUGUUGCCCCAGGAGGGGACUGGCGAGAAAGCACUUAGCAGUCUCACACGCUACAGACUGCUGUCCUUUAACAAGAGCAGGACAAGGGGCCAGAGUUAGAGAGCGGUGACGUCUCAAGCUCUCUGGGUCUUUACACUCAUUUACUGCCGCAGAACAGCGUCUAGGUCGGGCCAGGCGCUACGUCACCGCGACUGACUGGUGACGUUGAUCACAUCUGAUAGUACUGUAAGUUACUCAUCAGCCUAAGUUAGCUGUGUGAACUCAAGAUGGUCAAAUAUUUUUAUACAGCAUACAAUAACACAUACAAAGUCAUCCUAGCCGAUGAGUUUUCUAUUGCCACCUGCAAAAUGUAAAUGUAUUUUUGUCAACGCCUUACAAUAAGACUUUGUAAGCAAGAAUGUCUUUUUUUUAAACAUCGUAGAGGGGUUGCGUCCCCCCGCUUUCACGGCACUCAGAGCCCCAUUUUAGAAGGACUGUCAACAUUGCACUUUUGAUAUCAUGCAUCGAAACAUUUCCGACAUGCAAGAUAAUCAACUGAGGAGAUAUUUUUCUAUUUGAAGCAUUUUUUUUAUAUCAUUUCUUAAAGAAUAAUGUGUGGUGUGAGGCAGAAAAAGAAAAGAACCAAACCUUUGCAUCAAUGUCUAUUAAGCAAUACCAACACUACUGUUGGAGUCCACUCCAGCUUCCCAUGCAGUGAGCCUUGAGUCCAUCGCAUCAAGCGGCCAAAGAGAAGUUGCAGAGACAGAAACAUGAAGCUGAGUUAAUGCGCAGUGUUAGUCGUGUCGGAUUGUUUUGCCACCUCAGAGCCCUAUAGCCUUUUCUAUGUUACGGCAGCUUCGUGCACAGUAGACUGCACAGACCAAAACAGAUGCAUUAACGUCACAUUGUGUUAGUAUGAAAUUAAAGUAAGUGUCUCAUUUUUUUGUUGUUGUUGUAACUUCAGUAUGAAUCCAGUCACCCCAUGCCUUUACUUUGCUUUCCACACUAUAUGAAUGGGUCACUUACUGACCACCUGGCAGCACACCUCGCUCUGUGUGAUGUCACGUGAGAUAAUCUCGCCAAAAAAAGGGUCACAUUGGAAAACACGGAGCUGAACGCUGUACUCUUUGAAGUGGAGAUGAAACUUAAACCGGGGAGAUGUUGGAGGUGUAGCGGCACUUAAGGAACGAUUGAGUCUUUUUUUGACCCUUGUCAGUGCCUUAUCUGAAUCUGCUUGUAAACACAAACGUUCACUGCCAAAGCGGAAAGCUUCUUAAUAAAGUGAGCAGCUGUUCAGUAGAGAGCACACACAGGAUUUGCUGAAGUUCUUUUAUAUGGAAAAAAAAAGAUUAUACUGUAAAUACAUAUUGUUCUGCACUUUUGUAUGAAAUUUCUUUACAUUAUAUACAAAUCUAUUUGAUGAAAUAGCAACAUUAUACAGUAGACUGUACUGUGAUUUAGACAGGAGUAUGUAUGAUUGUCUCUGAGAGCUGGUAGGCAGUAUGAAAAGGCUGGGAGGCUUUCGAUUGGGACAGAGUUUGUUUUGUCUUAAUGACAAAGCCUUGAAACAUGAAAUGUAUCAAGUCAUUGAUCUUUUGUACAUUUAACUUAAUAAAUCCAAGGUCUAAGACUA